CUGAGUAUACAAAACCUUAAGAACACCUGCUUUUUUCAUGACAUAGACUGACUAGGUGAAUCCAGGUGAAAGCUAUGAUACCUUACUGAUGUCACUUGUUAAAUCCACUUCAAUCAGUGUAGAUGAAGGGGAGGAGACAGGUUAAAGAAGGAUUUUUAACGUGCAACUCAAAAUUAGGAAUGUGUUCCUAAUGUUUGGUAUAGUCCGUGUUUAAAGACACCACACAAUCCCACUUUAAGGAAUUUUCAAGGAGGAGAACCAUACUAGUGUGCCAUACUUGUGGUGCACCAUUGACUGUUUAAGGAAGUAGUUCUGGUUUAAUCUGGCUAUAAGACUAAACCUCCUAUGUAAGAUACUUAGACCUAUUCAUAGCCACUCGAUCUGUAUCACUGCUCGUGCUGUAACAACAUUCAAAGCAACACAGUUCAAGAAGAAUAGCCAGACUCGCUAAGCUCGGGAUUUACUAGGCUAAGUUGUCUGGUUUGGGGUAGUCAAACUGUUGAUAAGAUGUGGAAAGAGUUGAAGAAAAACCAGCUAGUCAAGUACGGCGCUGUGACCACAGUGACAACCAUCAAAUCACUGAAGCAUGACUGACCGUGGCUAUGUUUUACUGCGAAAGUGGAUCGCCGGUGGGAUAUGCCGCAGCCGUGCCAAACUGCAUGGAAGGACUGUGGUGAUCACUGGUGCCAACACUGGCAUCGGCAAGGAGACAGCCUGGGAUAUGGCCAUGAGAGGAGCUCGGGUGAUCAUGGCUUGCCGAGAUCUCACCAGGGGAGAAGCAGCUGCAGCAGAGAUCCGCAGUUCCACAGGAAAUACUAACGUGGUGGUGCAACAACUAGACCUGGCCUCCCUCGGUUCAGUACGUCAGUUUGCUCAGGAAUUCAUUGCCACAGAGACCCGUCUGGACAUACUUAUCAACAACGCAGGUAUAAUGCUGUGUCCCAAAAGCCUCACAGUGGAAGGUUUUGAGAGUCAAUUUGCCGUCAAUCACCUAGGUCACUUCCUAUUGACCAAUCUGCUCCUGGACAUGCUGAAAGCCUCCACCCCCAGCCGCGUCAUCAAUGUGUCUAGCAUCGCUCAUCAAGGCGGGAAAAUCCACUUUGAAGACCUUAAUUUUGAUAAGAAAGGUUACAACUCAGUAAUCGCCUAUAAGCAGAGUAAACUGGCCAACCUCCUCUUCUCUAGGGAGCUGGCACGAAGGACCAAAGGUACGGGAGUGACGUCGUAUUCCCUGCACCCCGGAGUUAUCCGGACAGAGCUGUGGCGCCACUCGCAGUCAAAGUACCCCACGUUGAGUGCCAUGCUGUCAGCCCCCGCCUGGCUCCUGAUGAAGACCCCCAGGGAGGGUGCCCAGACCACCAUCUACUGCGCCGUCAAUGAAGGGCUGGAGGAGAAGAGUGGCUGCUACUUCAGUGACUGUCAGGUAAAGGAACCAGCUCCUGAGGGAAGAGAUGAUCUUGCAGCACUGAGACUAUGGGGUGUUAGCGCCGGGCUAGUAGGACUCAUUAAGAACAACUGAACAACUCGCCUUGCAACAAGGUGACACUCCCAACCCCACCUGCCAGGCCCCCCCGGAUACUGCCAUAUUUUUUCCAUGUUGGCUCUUAACUUUCAUAUCAGAAGGGUAAUUGUAAGAUAUCCUGUAUUCUAUAUCUAUAUAUAUUGUGGGAAAAUACACAUUUUCUGUACUAUAACCUCAGCAAAAAAAGAAACAUCCUAUUACUGUCAACUGCGUUUAUUUUCAGCAAACUUAACAUGUGUAAAUAUUUGUAUGAACAUAACAAGAUUCAACAACUGAGACAUAAACUGAACAAGUUCCCCAGACAUGUGACUAACAGAAAUUGAAUAAUGUGUCCCUGAACAAUGGGGGGGUCAAAAUCAAAAGUAACAGUCAGUAUCUGGUAUGGCCACCAGCUGCAUUAAGUACUGCAGUGCAUCUCCUCCUCAUGGACUGCACCAGAUUUGCCAGUUCUUGCUGUGAGAUGUUACCCCACUCUUCCACCAAGGCACCUGCAAGUUCCCGGACAUCUCUGGGGGGAAUGGACCUAGCCCUCACCCUCCAAUCUAACAGGUCCCAGGUGUGCUCAAUGGGGUUGAGAUCCAGGCUCUUCGCUGGCCAUGGCAGAACACUGACAUUCCUGUCUUGCAGGAAAUCACGCACAAAACGAGCAGUAUAGCUGGUGGCAUUGUCAUGCUGGAGGGUCAUGUCAGGAUGAGGAUGUCUUAUAAGUUAUUUGGUUUUUCAGAAUUAUUUUUCAAAGACUGGGUCCUGAAAAAGGGACUUUCUUUUUUUGCUGAGUUUAUAUUGUGGGAAAAUACAAAUGCAUCAAUGCUUGUAUCAUGUUUUAUUAUAAUACUGUAUGUUUUGAUCACAUUUUUUUACUGUAUUGAAUUGCAUUGCAGUUUAUUAUUGUUACAAUGGUCUUCAUGCUGUUGAAUAGACUGACGAAUGUAAUAAAAUUCAGUAUUUUUCAUG